AUGACAGUGCGGCGAGGUUCGACGGUCCACGCAGCCUGGUCCUCGUGCCUUGAGGUAGUUGAAGUCAUCUGCACCGCCACAAGUGGCGCUCACAUGUUCUACGGUGUGGUCGUGGGGAUCCGUGACUCCCUCGAGUGGGAUUGGCUGGGUGAUUAUCAACUUUUGUGGGUCUUCGAAGACGGAGAGUACGUCAAGGUAUGGCAAGAAUGCGUCGAGCGGCCCCGACCAUGCAACACGACUUGGGCGCCCCGUCUUCAGUGUAUCGUAGGCUGCUACGAGACGGACGAUGGCGUCAACCUGUACGCCGUCAAGUGGGAUGGCUACGCCUGUCCGACGUGGGAAGCAGAAGAGGACCUCUUCAGUUACGGCCAAUUGAUGGCCGAGCAUGACGAGACUUGCCAGUGCGCGCCAGGCCUUGGGAGUGGCCACCGACACAAUGAGUGGACCGGACGAGGACGGCGAAAAGCGGAUUCAGUCACGCCGCUUGUUGGUUUGCGGCCGACAGAUGUAGACUCAAUGGUAGAAAACUAG